AUGGCUUCUCAAUCUGUUCUUGUUUUUGCUCUGAUCUUCGUCGCCGCCGUCGCCGGAGCUUUUGCCGAGGCACCCACUGCCUCCCCUUCGGAAUCCCCCGCGCCGAAAUCCGCGCCUUCUGACUCCGAAGCGUCAUCUCCAUCUUCCUCUCCAGCCGAUACUCCGGCGGACACACCGGCAGAUACUCCGGCGGAAACGCCGGCAGAUACACCGGCGGACACACCGGCAGAUACUCCGGCGGAUACACCGGCAGAUACUCCGGCAGAUACUCCGGCAGAUACACCGGCGGAUACACCGGCAGAUACACCGGCAGAUACCCCGGCAGAUACUCCCGCGGACACUCCGGCGGCUUCAUCUGAGUCGUCGCCAUCCCCGGCAGCCUCUGCUCCGACUUCGCCCUCUGAGGCUCCGGCGAGUAACUCACCCGACAGCUCCCCGGAUUCCUCCCCCUCCGUUUCUCCUUCUCCAGACACCGACUCACCAGCUGCGUCUCCCGCCGACUCCGGCUCCCCCGCUGCCUCGCCUGAUUCCGAUUCGUCUUCUCCCCCCUCUCCCACCCCCGACGCCGCCGAUAGCCCCGUUGCUGAUGGCCCUUCAGAGGUUGAUGGCCCCACCUCUGAUUCUCCGGCUGAUGCGCCCGACGGUGAUGCAGACAGCGGCACUUCUUCUCUGAAACUCACCUCCGCCGCCGUCUGUGGUGCCGUUGCCGUCGCCGUCGCCGGACUCUUUGCAUUCUGA